UAUCCAGACGGCCGUCAGUUCACCGAGUUCUCUGGAGAGGAACAGAGAAGAAAGACCAGCAGACCAUCAAUAAUUAUCCAUUUAAUCUAAUAUCUAUCAUCCUCUUUCGAAAAUGGCAAACUGUGGAACCCUGAUGAAGAGUGCGCUGGUCGCUAUUGUCCUGAUGGCUGUGAUUCACUCUGGAUCAGCAGAUUGGAAACUGGCUUCCUGCUGUAAGAAAGUCAACAAACUGGAGAUAACAGAACCAAUCACCGGAUACAUGAUCCAGAAACCUAACCGUGAAUGUGUCCCAGCUGUCAUCCUCCAAACAGAGAACGGUCUCUUCUGCAGUCCAGUGACAGCCGAGUGGGUUCUCCACAAGGUUGUUGCAUUCGAGAAAGCAAAAGCUCAGGCCACUACUUCAUCUGUGGUCCCCUCGUCUACUGUCUCCCUCCUCUCCAUCAUCACAUCCACUGCCUCUCCUCGUUCAUCCUCAUCUCUUCCGUCUUCCUCAACUCCUUCUUCAUCCUCAUCUCUUCUGUCCUCCUCAACUCCUCCUUCAUCUUCAACUCCUUCUUCAUCCUCAUCUCUUCCGUCCUCCUCAACUCCUCCUUCAUCCUCAACUCCUUCUUCAUCCUCAUCUCUUCUGUCCUCCUCAACUCCUCCUUCAUCUUCAACUCCUUCUUCAUCCUCAUCUCUUCCGUCCUCCUCAACUCCUCCUUCAUCCUCAACUCCUUCUUCAUCCUCAUCCAUUCUGUCCUCCUCAACUCCUCCUUCAUCCUCAACUCCUUCUUCAUCCUCAUCCAUUCUGUCCUCCUCAACUCCUCCUUCAUCCUCAACUCCUUCUUCAUCCUCAUCUCUUCUGUCCUCCUCAACUCCUCCUUCAUCCUCAACUCCUUCUUCAUCCUCAUCCAUUCUGUCCUCCUCAACUCAUCCUUCCUCCUCAACUCCUUCUUCAUCCUCAUCUCUUCCAUCCUCCUCAACUCCUCCUUCAUCCUCAACUCCUUCUUCAUCCUCAUCUCUUCCGUCCUCCUCAUCUGUUCCAUCCUCAUCCUCUCUUCCAUCCUCAUCCUUUCUUCCAUCCUUCCUCUCCACAUCCGAGAUGCCUGCUGGUGAAACCUUUUCAGAAACGGAUGACGAGUAGACCCGCAUCUUCACUACCUCCGGCCAAUGACUAGUUUGUCAGAAGUUACCGAUUAUGGACUGAAACAAUAAUGUUAUAGUAAUGUUUGAAAUAGCACUUGAAUAACAUAAUUAUGUCAAUGUAUGACUUGUUGUAUGUUCAAUAUUUAGUUUCUUUCAAUGUUUUUUGUGUGACGUUAUUUAUUAGUUUAAUUUAACUGACCAGAGCUGAUAGUAUUCAUGUAUUUAUUACCAAUUGUAUUUAUCAAUGUUACUGUAUACAACUUUACGAUCAAAUGGUUUGAUGAUUUCAAUCGCUCUGAGAAAAUGUUUUAAGAUAUUUAUUUAUUUGAAAGCCUGUAAUAACUUUUUAUCUAAAGGAGAAGUUGUGCAGCUGUAAAAACAUCCGUCAAAAAUAAAUGUUGCACUUGUCCUGCA